AUGACAGCAAUUUUGGUGCAGAUAAAGAACAGGAAUGAUUCGCGGGAUGUGGUGAUCGACCAGGCCAAACUCAAUGACAGACGUGGAUUCUUCCCGCCCAACGAUGCCGACGUCCGACCAUAUAUUACUCUGCUGAUGAACCUCAGAGUACAAACGGCAAAAUCGAAGCAGCAGUAUCGCGAUUCUGCAAGACCGGCUGCUAAUGACGCUCGAUCAACCCCAGCCGAGUUUAACAUGAGGAUUCAUCCGCCAAGAGAAACGCGCAACACGACUUCGGCAUCAGGUCAUCCGCGAUAUGCCAUCUCUGUUGAGGGUUGCUCGAGGAGUGUGUACGCAGUCAUCAAAAACAGAGACGCAUACGUUUACUUGCUCGGCGGUCGAGACAUAUAUGAGGAACAUCCUCGUCAAGAUGGAGCUAACUUACGCCAGGUUCGCCGACUCAAGCCGGGUUGGACGCGUAGCAAAGACUGCUACGACUGGGCAAAUGAUAGAUAUCUUCAGAAUUUGGUCAACUCUCGCAAUCAAUCCAUUGAGAUUAUGGACUUGCCGGAAGAUGAUAGCGGAAGCUUCGUAGUGGGUUCGGAUGCGGUCGAGUCCGAUUACGAUGAGAGAGAUGAAGUCGAGAAUACGGCUCGUGCGUUGGACGACCUCUCACUUGAGAAUGAAGACGUGGACAAGAAUGCCUUGGCCAGAAUAUAA